CAGUCACUGCGCUGAAGUUGAUAGUUUGAUGUUGUUCAAACAGUCUGCAAGCUCAUCAUAAUACAUUCAGAUGUUGGCGAAGUGUUCAAAGAGUUGAAUUCAGUUCAAGGUCCUUCUUAACGCCACAUCGUAAGCAAAUUGUACCAAUUUUCUUCUCUUUGGAGCAUAUCUGGUGGCACUCUUGCAGCAAGUUACGAAACGUGGCUCGGAGAACUGAUUCGGCAUUAAACGUGAACCGGUCUUCACUAAACCGUCAAGAUGUCGCUCAGUACAAGUGCUAAUUUCAUCAAGUAUCUCCUAUUUCUGUUCAACUUCAUAUUCGUGAUCACCGGCAUCACGAUUAUGGCCGUUGGACUGACCGUCCAAGGAGCGUACCACAACUUCCGGGAAAUCCUGGACCCCCAGUUCUUCAGCGUACCCACGUUCCUGGUGGUGAUCGGUAGCUUCAUCUUCGUGAUCGCAUUCUUCGGAUGCUGUGGAGCGUACAAGGAGAACUACUGCAUGACGUUGACCUUCUCGAUCCUGCUGAUUCUGAUCUUUAUUCUGGAACUGGCGGCCGGUAUCAGUGGCUAUGUUCUGCGAAACGAAACCUACAAUCUGCUCACGUCUACGAUGCAGAGCUCGAUGAAGCAGUACGGCGGAGCCACCAACAAGGAGAUUACGAUCAUUUGGGAUGAGAUCCAGGUUGAUUUCGACUGCUGUGGCGUCGGCAAGUCCGACGACUGGAUCGCGGCCAACGCCGAGCUCUUCAACGCCACGUCCCUGCCGAUGUCGUGCUGCCGCAGCUCGCCGGGCGCCAUCGGAAUGGUCACCUGCCCGGACAUGCCGGACAAGAAAACGCUGCGCCAAACCGGCUGCAUCACCUCGUUCGGCGCGUUCAUCAAAUCGCACGCCGUCAGCCUAGGAGCGGCCGGAAUCGUGCUGGCCGUGAUACAGUUCUUUGGAAUCUUCUUCGCUUGCUAUCUGGCAAAACAGAUCAAGAUGCAGAGUGGACACACAGGAUUUUAAGAACGUCUUGAGUGUGACUUAAAAAAUAUGUUUUAUGUGAAAAGUUUAAAAUAUGACAUGAAAUAAAAACCUUCUUUGCGGA